AUGAAAGCAGUGUAUCGGAACAAUAUCAUCAAGCGCAUGGGUGGGGACGCUGGUUUCGACUUUCUUGUCAGCACCUACAGCGAGAACAUUCACGACGACGCAAGGCUCGAUCGAUUCUUUGGCAACUUUGAUUUGAAUACUCUCACAUGCUUGCAGAAGGAACUCAUUCUCGUAGCAUUCCUAGAGCCUAAUGAAGAGACCGAACCAAGAAAGAAGCGACUCGUGUUCCGAAAUGACAUGAUGGGAAUGGACAGAAGUAUAUUUCCUGUCUUGGAAGAACAUUUCGUUGAUGCCCUGGAAGACUGCUUCAUCGCAGGUCUUGAUUUUGAACUCUCGAAAGCAUAUUUCUCAGAGCUUCGGGCACUGUUCAAGGAAUGUGCUAAUGUCUCAAAAUACCGUGAGAACAUUGUUGAACGAAUGGGAGGAGAAGCAACCUUUGAGUUCUUUCUCGUUUCCUACUGCGAACGAUUAGAAGAAGACCACAGAUUACACCACUACUUCAAGGACUUGGACUCGAAAAGUAUGACACGGCUCCAAAAGGAGCUGCUACUAAUGGCAUUCCUUCAGCCCACCUCAGACAAUGAUUUCAAGACCUUAACACGAAGAGUGUCAUCCAAAUUCAGUGCUCUAUUUGCACUUGGCAUGAAUGAAGAGCACUUUGAAAUGAUGGAAAGCCACUUUUCCGCUUCACUUUAUGACUGCCUGUCUCGAGAAGAUGUGAUUCAAUCCUGUCUGAGACUGUUUGCCAACCUCAUGACGUUCUUCCAAGACAACUCGCUCUCGGUGACCAACGACGUGGAAGAGGACGAAGGGUCUAUUACCGGGUUUGAUGAAGAAUCCGUGACCGAGUUUGAUGAAGAUGAAGAAUACGACAUGAUGUCCGAGAGUGGCCACUCAGAAGCUGAUUCAGUCCUAUCUCCGAUGCCUCCAUUCCCUCGAGAACGAGCCCCGAGCUAUGUUACAAAGCGCAUUCAGGAUGCUCUGAGCCAGUCGGAAAGAUCCACUUGCUCUAUUUCAAUACGCUCCGUUGAAACUACUAGAACAAUCAGUUCGUUUGAAAACAGGCAAACACAAGGCAAUACGAGCUACGUGUCCAGGCGUAUUCAAGAGGCUCUGGAAAAGAGUGAUAGAUCUUCGGGCUCAAAUUCAGUACAUUCCAUGCCACACGAAAAGAAUGAAUGCGCAAGCUGUCUUCCAAAACGAAUCGAAUACGGAUCUGAUCGAUUCUUCGACCCCUUGAAAGACUCCCAGAGGACGGAAGCCACAGUUUCUUCAGUAGCUUCGGAAGACGGUAAAGCAGGCACCCGGAUAUCGCCAAUCGUCCUAUCGAAGCGGUCCAAGGGAAAGCCAAAGAUGAUGUUCUCGUGGAAGAAGCCCGCGUUCCGAAGCAGCAACAAGAAGACUGCUGUACACAACAAGCGAUAG